GAAAGAGAUGAGACAGAAGGGGAAGCAGAGGAGGAAGGAGAGGGAGAAAAGACGCAAAAGGAAAAAGGAGAUCAAUAAAAAGAAGUCAAAUUUGGUUGAAACCCCAAGGGCUCCUCGGGCCAGGUCCCUGUCUGAUGGCUUUUAUGAAAAAAUAUCUCCUCCCUAUUCUGGGGAUCUUCUUGGCCUACUACUACUAUUCCGCAAAUGAGGAAUUCAGACCAGAGAUGCUCCGAGGAAAGAAAGUGAUUGUCACAGGGGCCAGCAAGGGGAUCGGAAGAGAGAUGGCCUAUCAUCUGGCGAGGAUGGGAGCUCACGUGGUGGUGACAGCGCGGUCAGAAGGAACUCUCAAGAAGGUGGUGUCCCACUGCCUGGAGCUUGGCGCGUCUUCAGCACACUACGUUGCUGGCACCAUGGAGGACAUGACCUUCGCAGAGCAAUUUGUCGCCAAAGCUGGAAAGCUCCUGGGGGGCCUGGACAUGCUCAUUCUCAACCACAUCACCUACACCUCCAUGACUCCGUUUAGUGACGACAUCCACCUCGUGCGCAGAAGCAUGGAGGUCAACUUCCUCAGCUACGUGGUCCUCAGCGUGGCCGCCUUGCCCAUGCUGAAGCAGAGCAACGGGAGCAUCGUGGUGGUCUCAUCCCAGGCGGGGAAAAUGGCUAAUCCACUUGUUGCUGCCUAUUCUGCAAGCAAGUUUGCUCUGGACGGGUUCUUCUCCUCUAUCAGGAAAGAAUAUUCAGUGACCAAGGUCAACGUGUCAAUCACGCUCUGUAUCCUCGGUCUCAUAAACACAGACACGGCCAUGACAGCAGUGGCUGGGAUACUCAACGUACAACCAUCUCCAAAGGAAGAAUGCGCCCUGGAAAUUAUCAAAGGGGCAGCUUUGCGCCAAGAGGAAGUGUAUUAUGACAGCUCAAUCUUGACUUCUCUCCUGCUGGGAAAUCCAGGGAGGAAGAUCCUGGAAUUUCUGUCCUUACGACAUUAUAAUAUGGAAAGGUUUACAAACAACUAGGCACUUGUUUAGGGCUGGGCAUGAUAAGGGGGCUUGCAGGUAUUCUGCCUGAUAUUUAUCUGAGCUCCAUGAUGAAGGCAUCUCCCCAGAGAGAUAAAUGAGUGUCCCCACGGGGUUGCAAGUCACACAUCGCAUCUCACAAUCUGAAGUUCUUCUAACACUUGUACAAUGGAAACGCAAUUAUAAUGAAUGUCAUGAACCCGCAGUUUUGAAAUUCAUAGUAAGUGUAGGUAUAAUUACGAGGUAGUUACGUCACAUUACCUCACGGGUAAUGACGUUAUGAGGCUUAACCAAUACUAAUGAUAGUAAAGGUCACACAGACCUUAUCAAUCCACACCUGGUGGCUGUAACUUCGGUUCAUUCAGUACAGUUCCAUUAAAAUCGUAACCUAUACAUGUGAAA